AGGUGCUCUGCCCUUUCCCACGUUAAAAAAAAAUAAAGUUACGGCUGAAAAUUACUAUAUCACCCUCAAGAACUUCCAGAAAUCCAGAAUACAUGAGGUUUCCAUACCUUUCAUCUCCAUACUCUUUCUCUUGUCUUGUGCUGCCGAUUUGAUUGGGCAAUGGCGAGCACCGGAAAUUCGAUGCUUCUCUCCUUUCUUAUGUUCACUGUAGUUCUCUCACUUGAAGUAAUAUAUAGAGCGAAGUUAGCAUCAUCAGAGUUAUUCACCAUUCUUGGAGGGUUCAUUAGCUCGCUAUUGUUUCUUUUCUUCUUCAUUUUCAUUGCGAAUUUUCAAGAGUCCAGUGGCACCAAAACUGGGUGGGGUGCUGUUAUAGUUGCUGAAUUAGUCGCUCUUGUUGUUGCUGGUACUGUCCACCGAGUUUGUAUCACAACAUGCUUCUUGUUCUCCGCAGGAUUGUUAUACGAGGUUAAUAAGCUUUCAGCUAUGAUGCAAUCUAGAAGCGAACUAAAAUCCAAGAGACACUGAGCCACUAGGCGUCUGCAAAGCCUUACUUUUAGAUAUAGAUUCUGGUGUCAACGAGAUUGUAGUUUCGUUCACUGCAAAUCAUGGUAAUCUGUUAUGUUUGUUGGUUAGAUAUGCCUUUUAUACCAUGCCAUGGGAAGUUGUUUCCCUUGUGUCUCGACCAUAACAACAGUUUAUGACGAACAAUGUGAAAAAAAAUCAACGACAACAAAUGUUUCAGAAACGAUGUUAUACAUGUUUAGAUGUUGAGUGGUUCAUGCUUCGACUCAUGAAUUGUGUUUUUUUAGAUUAUCUUGUUAUUUCAAAUCAGAUAAAAUGGUAAUUGUUGCAAUAUUUGUACAAUGUAGAAAGUAUUAUCUAUAGUCAUGAUUGUGGAUUA